AUGACUUCUCUUGGGGUUUCCUAUCCAAGCACGACACCAAAGGCCACGAUGAUAGUCAGCAUGCUGCGGGAAAAGGGGAAGGCAACAGAGUUCUGGGACUCCGCUGACACAAUCUUCACGAGCGUAGGGAAGGUGGAGGCAGGGACGGAAGCGGCGGCGACGGUCGUGGGGAAGGCUUUAGACACGGGGACAAAGGCCUAUCACGUCCUUCCCCACUUCUUCGAAGUGGACCUCGUUACUGAGUUCCCCCCGCCUCUGAGCGGCGGGGGAAAACAUCUCAAAUUCUACAUGUUUGAGAUCCCCCAACCCGCCUCCGUCAAGCUUAACCAACUCCGCCCCGGCGACCCCCUUUUCCACAUCAACCCCGAAACAGAUGAUCUCAUCGGGGCGUGGAUGAUGACGGCAGUCGGCAUUCCGCCAAACAAGGACGGAAGUGAGGUCACAGAGGAACUUCUGUCCGUAGCUCCGCGCGCCAUCCGCUACCACGUCAUGGAGCAUAAGCCGGGAGCCCCGGGGUUGGGGGAAGGAAAAUACACGAUGCGCGAGCUGCGCGCGCACGUGUCCCCUGCGGCCAUGUUCGGGACUCCGGCGUUAUACCCCAUCAAGACGCGACGAGGGCCCCUCCAGAUCAGCCUCUACUCGAAGUGCUUCAGCAUGCUGGCUGGACGGCUUUUCCCUGAUCCCUCAGCUCUCAUCAAAGACGGGAAAAACAUCCAGCCUCUUCGUGAUUUCGUGCACUUCAACCCUGAUGAACCGCUGCCGGAAAGUCCGGAGCAGCCGGGUAAGUCCACCCGGAAAGAGAAGAGAGAACAAACACCCGGACCCACUGCACGAGGUUCCGCGGCCGUGACCGCGGCCGCGAUUGUGGCCGCAGCGGGGCCAACGGUCACGCCUGCCUCGGGGAAAGGACGGGCAGAGGGACCAGUUAAAGAGUCGGGCGCAAAGAGGGUUAGCGACUUGAUCGCGGCUGCGACGUCGGUGUCGCAAGACCUCGCGCUCUUGUUCCUCUGCGUGCAGACGGAACUGGUGCAGGGUGCCCCGAUCGGGGCCAGUUUGGCCCCUUUUUGGAACAUGAUGAAUCUCCCCGAGGACGAGGAGACGGAGUCGGAAGACGAGGAACAGCAGCGGAGCGGCGGCGAGCCACUUCACCCCGGGGUUUCGCAACACAGCACGCAGGAACAAGGGGGUGGAGGCGGAACCAGGGCCCGGGGAGCAGGGUCGGGGCAAAGAGGUGGUCCGAAGCAAGCGCAUGCGCCGCUUGGGGGAAGACAGAAAGAGCUUUCCCUCUCCCCAACGUGUUUCCCCACGACCGCUCCCCGACGCCGAGACGCAUGA